CCACCUUUGCCCCGCAUAUGUCUCCGACUGUGGGGCCGAGCUGGGGGCCCUUUCUUCUGUUGCUUCUUUGUCGGGGACUUUGGGGUCUCUAAUUCGGGAGCAUGCAGCAAAGGAAGCAAGUGCAGCAGCAGCAGCAGCAGCAGCAGCAGCGGGCGAGCAGGACCUGCAUUCCUGCCCCAACUGCCACCGGCCGCUGCUGCUGUGUCCCUACUGCCUGGGCAGGUCGCUGCAGCUCAACUUGCUGCAGGGGAAGGUGGUGAUUCAGUGCAGCAACUGCUGCAGCCAGGCGGAGGCAGCAGCAGCAGCAGCAGCAGCAGCAGCAGCAGCAGCGACGACAGCCGCCUCCCUGCCGCCGGCGGGGGCGGCUCCUGCGGACGCUGCUGCUGCGGCGGCAGCCGCCGCAGCAGCAGCAGCGUCUGCUGCUGCCGAGGGGUCCCUCCCGGACGCUGCGGAGACCGCAGCAGCAGCAGCAGCAGCAGCAGCAGCAGCAGCAGCAGCAGCGGAGUCCCCCUGCGCGGCUGCGAGCGGCGCGAGCGCCUGCAGCAGCACGGCGCCGCCGCCGACGCCCCCGUGCGCGCCGCCCGCAGCAGCAACCACCAGCAGCAGCAGCAGCAGCAGCAGCAGCAGCAGCAGCAGCAGCAGCAGGCGGGGCGUCUACACGCACUGCUGGGAGUGCAACUGGGACUUCAGCCGCAGCGUGGAACUUCUUGCUGCUGGCGAAGCAGCACUUGAUGGCAUUUUGUUGAAAAAGGGAAAACAUUUGCACCAGUGGCAGGCCAGGUUUUAUGUCCUCAUCGACAACAUGCUCUACUACUACAAAAAAAAGGAGCAGCAAGAGUGGGUGGAUGCGCUGCGGGCCUCAACUCGGCAGCAGUCCCUGGAGCAUGUUUAUGAGAUCCACGAGCAGCUGGGCCAAGGAGCAGCAAGAGUGGGUGGAUGCGCUGCGGGCCUCAACUCGGCAGCAGUCCCUGGAGCAUGUUUAUGA